GUCCUUAGCACACGGGUUUGUUUAUAACCACGUCACCAGGAAGUACAUCCUGAACUGUCCCAAUUCAAAAUGCAGAGACAGGACUCCCAGGAGGCGCCUCUGUUCGGGGAGGAUUACGACCACAACAGUCCACGGAAAUCAAGAAUCAAACAUCCUCUGGCUUCUUUCUUCCACCUCUUCUUCCGAACAAGUGCCAUUUUGAUCUACUUGCUGUGUGACGUCAUCAGCAGUCGUUUCAUCGUCUCGAUGGUCGCCAUCAUCCUCCUGCUGUCAUGUGACUUCUGGACUGUGAAGAACGUAUCUGGCAGGUUGCUGGUCGGUCUUCGGUGGUGGAAUCAGGUGGAUAAAGAUGGAGGCAGCCACUGGGUGUUUGAGUCGAGGAAGCCGACACACGGUGUGAACACAACAUCCAGUGCUGAUUCACGGAUCUUCUGGCUCGGACUUAUCGUGUUCCCCAUCCUUUGGUUCAUCCUGGUGUUCAGCGCCAUCUUCUCCUUUAAGAUUAAAUGGCUGGUUGUUGUGAUAAUGGCCAUGAUUUUACAGUGGGCCAACUUGUACGGUUACGUCAGAUGCAAGGUGGGCGGAAAGUCCAGCCUGAGAAGCAUGGCCAAGAAAUACAUUGGUGUCCAGAUUUUAAAACAGGCAAUGAAGAAAGGCGAGGGACAAUAAUUUGAGGAGGACGUCGCAACCAAUCUGCAGAAGAAGACUGGAUGAACACAUUGUAUUUACUUGAUUCCAGUUUAAAAGGUGGCUGGUCCUUUCUGAUGGUAAAGGGAUUUUGUAUGUGUCGUUUCCUCUGAAUUAAUUGUUUGAAAACUUCAGGAAUAAUUCCCCAAGGUUUUCUGUAAGUUCCACAUUAACAUGAAGGAGGGUGAUGUUAAAAUGUGCGAUUCUGGAUUAAGACAGUGCACAGAAAUCAGGGCACUUUUGUUCUAAAUAUUUAAGCGUCAAAUGAGUUUGACUUGAAGUUUUGUCUCUGUUUGACAGCGCAGCCUGUCGGGCAGCAUCUAUGAGUGUGAAAGGGAUAUUUUGGGAACACAGAUAAUUUUGUAUGUGGCUGCUAAUCAAACAUAGGAUGUGGAUAUUAAUACUGAUGUAGUUUUUUUCUUUUUUAAAUCAAUCUGUAUUAUAACUGACAUUGCCGGGUACUGUAGGGAGAAGUGUUUUGAAUUGGUUUUCGGUUUUGUACAAAAACUGUUGGUUUACUCAGGGCUUCUGUGUAAAUGAGACAAUGAAGUUUUUCACAUUUUUGAAAUGUGAGACUUAUUAAUGGCUCGUUUUAAUUGAAGUGUAUUUGAGCAUCACUUAAUAAGAUGAAGUAGUUGUCUGCUGGUGUCGGAGAUUAAGCAUCAAUUCAAUAAUAGAAUCACAUCUGUGUGCAUCAGAUAAAUAUGCAUGAUACAAA